ACUCUCAUCACCUCAGUUUCCAAUAACCUGCGAAAUCUCACUAUCUUCUGGCACAAUCUACCCUAUUGAACUCGACUUUUGUAUAUGGUUGUCCAGUAAACGCCCGUUCUCAACAGCCUACAUCAAUAUGGAUCAACAACUCCCUCUCUCUCCGCCUUCUGAGCCGACGCCUUCUCCCACAGCCAAGGCGGUCCCGCAGGACUCCCCUGUCCGCACCACUGCGAUUCACGAACUGCUACCUGAGAUUCGUAUUCCGGGCGAACCAUUACCGCCGCACAAAUACCAUCCAGUUACUUGCACUCCCAUCGACGAAGACGAAAUACGCUCCCAGAUUGAACAACUACGCCAGGAAUAUCCGACACCAGAAGCGGCCCUGAAGGCGCAAGAAGAAGCUGCCAGGGAAGUGAGGCAAAAGCUGGAAGAUGCCGAGAAGAAACGCGAAGAAGUGCAGAAAGCUAUGGACAAGAAGAUCAAGGAACGCAACACAGAGAUGAAGGUCUUGUCCAAGUACCAGGAAGUCAAGACUUCGAACAUUGCGUCUUAAAUUCUGCGUUCAGUCAGAGAAGUUACACAACCCAUGCAGACAUAUUCAUACAUGGAAAUCAACAAAAGGGAACCGCCAGUCUUCUCACAGGGGACAAUUACAAUGAGAGAUGAAUCAUUGUGCGACCUUGAAGCCCGGUCGACUAGCAGAUGGCGCCGAGCAGGUUGAAACUCCUCUUUGAGCCGCUCUACCAGAAUUGGCACCCAGUGAUGGGAUGGACAAGCCAUACCGUGUGCUCGGCUUCAUUUAGGAUUGUUUCUCCAAAACCCGGCGUGAUAGAUAUUUGAAAACGGUUCGGCUUCGAUGGAGACCUCUUCUACGACUCGGAAAACAUACUGGCAAAUCGAGCUACUUCCUCUCU